CCGCAUCAGCGGCCACAAAGACCGGCACGUCCGCACGCGCGCACGGUCCUCCACGCGGGCUCCCAACGAAGCUAAGAUGUCGGCGAACGGCAGCCAGCCGGCGGAUCCGAGAGACGAGCGUCUGGCCAAAGUGGAGAUCAGCCUCCUGGGGUGCAUCUUCUCCUGCGCCGCCGUCCUCAACGGCGCCCUGCUGCUGCUCCUGUGGCGGCAGCGCAAGCGCGCCGCGAGCAGGAUGCGCGUGUUCGUCUUCCACCUGUGCGUGGCGGACCUGGCGGUGACUUUCUUUCAGGUGUGGCCGCAGCUCAUGUGGGACGUCACGGACAGGUUCGUCGGGCCGGACGCGGUGUGCCGCCUGGUCAAGUACCUGCAGGUGGUGGGCAUGUUCUCGUCCACCUACAUGAUCGUGGUGAUGACGGUGGACCGGUACCGGGCCGUGUGCCACCCCAUGGUCAGGUUCACGCGCAUUCACGCGCGCGUCAACUUGCCCGUGCGCGCCGCCUGGGGGGCGUCCCUGGUGGGCGGCCUGCCGCAGGUGUUCAUCUUCUCCCUGGCGGAGGUGGCGCCCGGCGUGUUCGACUGUUGGGCGGAGUUCGUCCAGCCGUGGGGGCUGCGGACCUACGUCACCUGGACCACGCUGGUCAUCUUUGUGGUGCCCGUCGUCACGCUCGUCUUCUGCCAGGUGCGCAUUUGCAGAGCCAUCCGGAAGAACGUGCUCCGGAAGGGAGCCGCGCCGCCCCCCAGGGCCAGCGGGGCGGCCGGCAUGUCCAAAGCCAGGGUGAAGACCCUCAAGAUGACCGUGGUCAUUGUCGGGGCCUACAUAGUCUGCUGGUCCCCCUUCUUCACCGUCCAGCUCUGGUCUGCCUGGGACGACCACGCACCCACGGAAACGGCCACCUUCACCAUCCUGAUGCUGCUGGCCAGCCUCAACAGCUGCGCCAACCCCAUCAUCUACCUCCUCUUCAGCGGCCAGCUUCCCACGCCCGUGUGCCGGCGCCGCUCCGACAUCAAGGACUCUGUUCACGAGGAGGCCACGCUGGUCAGCACCUUUCACACCACUUUUAAAAACCUCUCCGUCUCCAAAUGAGGUGUGGGGGGGGGGGCCCCCUGCAAAGCAAAAAGCAGGGCGCCGUUGACACCGGGUGCUGCUAAGCGUGGACUGGAAAGACUCAUCUGUUGUCAGCGACGUGUGAUAGGUCAAACACGGGCUGACCGGGUGGGGACGGGGGUCCAAGCAGGAGCGGGUGGUCUGAUGCUGGGCCGGGCUGCAGAUGCGGGACGACGCAUCAG